GUUAGUAACUAUCGUGUGAAUUCCACCUUCAGGUUUGUUUUUUGCCAUUCUGGGUCAAAUCAUCUAAUGUAAGCACUAGAGGUUAUCAUCAUGAAGAUCGCAGAACUUUUCAAUUCGACCUUGUGAUCUCGCCAAACAAAAUUGACUACAUUAAAACAACAUCGCUGGCCAGUUCCAGUCCAGUCAGUUAUCAAACUGCCACACAAACGUCCAGACAUGAUUCGUGUUUGCUUGUUCACCUUCACUUUGUUGAGGCAACUGUCGUCUAUCCACACCGAAGGAUGUGAUUCCUUCAAAAACACGAACGUAAGUGUCAGUGACGGUAUGAAAAAUGAAUAUUAUUACGUAGUGAACGGUUGUCUUGAACCCAAGAUAUUCGAAGGUAAGGAGAUCAGGAAAGUGUACUUCAUAAGUGAAAUAACGCGGCUGGGCAAGGAUUCAAUAAGGGAUCUGCCGAAACUGGAAUUGAUAGUGAUAGUGGCGAAUAGAUUGGAGAUUAAACUCGAGCCGCAAGCCUUCAGGAAUGUGACGAGCCUCAGAACGGUAACAAUGGAGAUGAACAACCUCAAGGAGAUACCAAAAGACGUUUUCAACUUAGUUCCCACCAUCAGAAACCUUCACCUAGCCAAGAACAAGAUCGAUUUCAUUGCGAGUGGAGCCUUUUCCAAUAUAAAGUCCCUCAUAUGGAUCGACUUGGCCGACAAUGCGCUUUUAUAUUGGAACAGGGACUGGUUCGAAAAUUGCCCCCAUCUACAAGCCAUCAAUUUCAACAGCAACAAAAUCUCCAUCAUCCCGAGAAGAGCGUUCGCAUCGCUACCGAAGCUCAGUGUCAUCGAUCUCGGAGACAACAAGAUCACCACCAUCCAACCAGAAGCCUUCCUCAACGUGGAAAGCCUCAGUUAUCUCUACCUACAAGGCAACAGGCUCACGGUGCUCGAUGAACGAGCCUUCCCUAACGAAAUCUACAUCGAGGUGCUGUAUAUUAACACCAACCGUCUCAACUACUUGCCAGACAAGCUGCUGAAAAAGUUGUCUGUCAGUGAAAUCAUAAUGCAUCAGAACCCUUGGAAGUGUCCAUGUAUGCAGCGGAUACAUGACUGGCUGUACUUCACCAACGGCAGCAUUGGGAUAUCGGAGGUCAGCAACUGCAAAACACCCUAUGACCCAGUUUGCGUUGUUCCUCAAGGUAACACGUGCCAAGAGACCGUCGAGAAAGAGUUGACGCAGAGGUAUAUCGAGCAUUUGAAAACUUUGACUGAGAAAAGAACUUGUACCUAUUCGUUCUCUUAAACAGAAGUACAAUAUAUAGGCGAAUUUACAUCGGGAAUAUGAGAAUUUCGAGUGAGCCGUUGGGAGAAGCUUGUGUCUUUUCCUUUUUCUCCUAAACAGAAUACUAUAUACACGAAGGAACAUCGGGUAUAUGAGAAUUUUGAGUGAGCCGUUACGAGAAGCUUGUGUCUUUUCGUUCUCUUAGACAGAAGUACAAUAUACGCGAAGGUACAUCGGGCAUAUGAGAAUUUUUAGUGAGCCGUUGGGGGAAGCUUGUGUCUUUUAGUUCUCCUAGACAGUAGUACUAUAUACACGAAGGAACAUCGGGUAUAUGAGAAUUUUGAGUAAGCCGUUACGAGAAGCUUGUGUCUUUUCGUUCUCUUAGACAGAAGUACAAUAUACGCGAAGGUACAUCGGGCAUAUGAGAAUUUUUAGUGAGCCGUUGGGGGAAGCUUGUGUCUUUUAGUUUUCUUAGACAGAAGUACUAUAUAGACGAAGGAACUUGGCGCAUAUGAGAAUUUUUAGUGAGCCGUUAGGGAAGCUUGUGUCUUCUCGUUCUCUUAGAUAUAAGUACAAUAUACGCGGAGGCAUAUGAGAAUUUUUAGUGAGCCGUUGGGGAAAGCUUGUGUCUUUUAGUUCUCCUAGACAGUAACACUGUAUAGACGAAGGAGCAUCGGGCGUAUGAGGAUUUUCAGUGAGCCGUUGGGAGGAAGCUUGUGUCUUUUCGUUCUCUUAGACAGAAGUUCAAUAUACGCGGAGGUACAUAUAGUAGUGUACUAGGUAAUUCCUAAAUCUAUCCCCUCUCGUGAAGAUUGCAAAAAUCACAAAACUCACCGAGAAUUGGAUAGUGUGUAGACACCUCUUUGAUGUCGAAGAACAGCGGAUUGUCAGCCAGCGCCUGCCCCUUGUACCGGUUCAUCUUCUCGCUGACCUUGGAGAAGACGGUGGAGGCCUCGCUGUGCGUGGAAGAAGUGGGGAAGGGCCCCAGCGGCCUGUAGGGCGUUGGAAGGAACGGCGGCACGUGCAGCUCCACCGACGGCUCUGCGAUCAGCUGCGGUCUGGCACUGUUCCCUGGAGAAGAGGAAGGCUGUCGGGCCUGCUGAGGCUGCUGUGGCUGCUGAGGCUGCGGCUGCUGCGGCUGGUGAUAGACGAACGUGUAGGGGUCGGGGUUGUCUGACCAUUUUCCUUAAAAACGUCGAGAGAAUACUGUCUGUAGGUUAAUCGAGGAGGUGGUACAUUCAUUUUACUUGAUUUUUUGGGAUUUUUUCUCCAGAGUCCUACUGUUUUAACAGUAGAUCUACUGUUUUUGUGCCCGUUCUACUGUUCUCCUGUUUUUUUCCU